AUGGCGACCCUCAAGCGCAAAGCCAACGGCACGCUGCCCAGCUCUCCCGUGGAUCCCAAGAAGCAGAAGCAGGGAAGUCUGACUUCCUUCUUCGGCGAGCCGAAGACCGUGUCUACAUCUACUGCGACCAAGUCUGGUGCCAAUGGUUUAUCCAGCGGAGUUGCACCUGCCUCGGGUCCGGUGCCAAAGUUCGACAAGGACAAGUGGGUGGCAUCACUGAGCAGCGAGCAAAAGAUAUUGUUGAAGCUGGAGAUCGACACGCUUGAUCCGACAUGGCUCGCGCAGCUGAAAGAUGAGAUUACGAGCAGUUCAUUUCUAGAGUUGAAGCGAUUUCUACAGAAGGAGGUUGACUCGGGCAAGAAGAUCUUUCCUCCUUUGGAGGAGGUCUACAGCUGGUCCCGACACACCCCCUUCCCAACCGUAAAAGCUGUCAUAAUAGGCCAAGACCCCUACCACAACCACAACCAAGCGCAUGGAUUAUGCUUCUCCGUGCGCCCUCCGACCGUCGCGCCGCCAUCGCUGGCUAAUAUCUUCGGCGCACUCGAGAAGGAUAUCCCUGGGUUCAAGCGCCCACCUAAUAAGGGAGGCUUGUUGACUCCGUGGGCCGACCAGGGCGUUUUGCUACUCAACACGGUCCUCACAGUUCGCGCGCACGAGGCGAAUAGCCAUCAGAAGAAGGGGUGGGAGAAGUUCACGCAGAAGGUGAUUGAUGUCGUCGCGAAGAGGAGGGACGGUGUCGUGUUUCUGGCCUGGGGAAAGCCGGCGCAAGAAAGAGUGGUAGGCGUGAACGGGACGAAGCACUUGGUGUUGAAGGGAAUACAUCCGAGUCCGUUGGCGGCGCGCGCGGGGGAUUUCAAGGAGUGUGGACAUUUCAGGAAGUGUAAUGAGUGGUUGAGGGGCCGGUAUGGGUUUGAUGGGGAGGUUGAUUGGCGGCUGGAUGGGGCGAGCUCGAAGGAUAUCAAGGAGCCGAAGGUCGAAGGCCCUGUGGAAGUGGCAGGUGAGCCAGAAGGCGGAUCGAAGGACAACGAGCCGGCUCCCAAGGUGGCAGAGAUGAAUGGAGGACAGGCGGCGGAUGAGUUCGAUGAUGAUCUUGAUGCGAUAGAAGCGAUUGAGACGCUUGCGAAGAGUAGUCAGCUGGACGGGGAGGAGAGCUCGCGCACGGCCAAGGAGGACUCGACUGGAACUCGUUGGGUUGAUAAGCCUGCGAAGAGCUCAGUGCACAGUAGUCAGGCCGAUGUGAAUGGCAACUAUGAAGAUGAGGUAGUAGAGACAGCAGAAGGAGAAGAAGAGCUCACUGUUCAGCCGGUCGACGUAGAGAAUCCGUGGAAGGACGCCGAUCUAUCGUCUAUCUCCAGCCAUUCCUCGUCCAGUUGCCUGGUCGCAACUCACAGCCGUACGGUCGUGCAGACUGGCCGCAACAUGUGGCAGGACGAGGAAGACAACAACCCCUAUGGCUCCUUCAACCCUUCUGAUCCUACUGCGGGCAACAACUCUGCUUUAGCUACUCCUUACUCUGAGAACCCUACAUCUCCCCCCGCCUUCAAAGCCGACCAACAACCUGAGUUCCUCUCAAGACCUACCGACCUCAGCGACGAUGAUGAGGCCGAGUACAAUAAGCAACAGCAGUCGGGUCAGCUGCCCAAGAAAGGUGGUUACGAUGGCAGAAUCCAGCAGAUCCUCUACGAGAACCCAGAACUGGAGAUCCUCAUCCUCGAUGCUGGCAAGAGUCCACAUGGCGGCUACAUCGAGUAUCGCAUUCGCACAGGAGAUAUCGAGGUCACACGUCGCUAUUCAGAGUUUGCGUCAUUGCGAAGUGCGCUAGUCAGCCUACACCCAACCAUCAUCGUCCCGCCCAUCCCGGAGAAGCACACCAUGGCCGACUACGCCGCAAAACCUACCAAAGCCAAAGAAGACGCGAGCAUCAUCGACCAGAGAAAGCGCAUGCUUGCUGUCUUCCUCAACCGAUGUCGCAGAAUAACAGCAGUCCUAGAUGACAAAGUGUUCUGGAGAUUUCUCGAUCCCAAUUCGAGCUGGAACGAAGUCAUCAACUCUCCACCGGUCUCAGACGUGCCUAAGAAUCGCCUACAAGCUCCGCCGCUCGACCCAUCUCAUCCAACCCCAGCUCAUGCAUGGCUACCUAUUCCAGCUACUUCCGCCAAGCUCAAGACAUCAGGCACCUCGAGUAGUGGCACUCCGGUCUCCCCACCUGGCUCUUCCGCAUACCCAUCGACCGCAGCUCAUACUACGGCUGGUCCACAGGUGUUUGGCCGCUUUCCGCCUAACCCAGAGAACCUGAGCGAGUUCGAGCUAGACCCCUACUUCCUAAACUUCGAAGCUGCCACCAAGGAAACGGAAGUUCUCAUGUCCGGCAGCAUCGACAAGACCAACCGUCGGAUGAUUGAGCAUCUCUCCAAGUACGCUGCAGAACAUGAGAAGUUGGGUGCCCGUUUCAAUGCAUUCGCUCUAUCAGAAUCUAAUCAGACUGUGGCGGCAGCACUCGAGAAAGUUGGUCAGGCCAUCGACACAACCUAUCUCGCCUCCGAGGAGCUUGCCAUGAACCUGGGGGCUAAUUUUGCUGAGCCCAUGCGUGAGGGUACACAAUUUGCGGGAGCGGUGUCGAAGAAUUUAAGCUAUCGUACGCAAAAGCGAGUACAAUUAGAGAUGACGAAGGAUGAGCUCGAGAAGAACCGCAACAUGCUGGAAUCAUUGGAGCGAAGUGAAGCCGAAGCCAAGCGUAUCGAUGCAUACCUCACACAGAGCACCACACUCGGCGGUCCACCUCGACGGUCCACAUCAACUGCCUCCAACAAGAACUCACCACCCCAGCGACGAGAUGGCUCGGAGGAGACCGAAUCGGUCGACUCUGACUUUCCACCUACACACGGCGCUGCUGGCACGUCUCCACCACCGUCUGCCGAUCAAGGUCAGCCGGAUGGCAUGUCAUCGUCACAGCACCGAAAGACACAGAGUGGCAACUUCAUCACUAACAAAGUCUUUGGCGGAUUCCGGCAUGCAAUCAAUGGCUUUGCAGACGUUGAUCCGGAGCGUAGUCGACGUGAUCAGAUCGGAAAGACUCGCGAGAAGCUAGGCCAGCUCGAGCAAGCUUUGCAGGUUUCGGAGAAGGAUACGACAGAUGCUUCGCAAGCCGUGAUGAAAGACCUUAAGCGCUUUCAGGGUGAGAAGGAAGAGGAUAUUCAGCGAUACAUGAUUGCAUUUGCACGCGAUCAGAUUGCUUGGGCUAAGAAGUCUCGAGAAGCUUGGAGUGAGGCCAAGGAGGAGAUCGACAAGAUCGUUCCUCGUUGA